AGCCUCGCCUACAAUACCCAGAAUGCCGCGCUGCGCCAGCGCUCACGACUCGCUACGUCUUUAUCGUAACGUAACGUAACGUAACGUAGAACCAAAGGUUGUGUACGUUUGUCGGUCUCAGUGUGACUGUACAAGCCGACAGUUACCUGAAUAGUCGCAGAAGCCACUGUUCACGCCUCCACACGUUGUUUGCCCUGAGCGUUCAGGUCAAACCGUUUCUCCUCGUCAUCCUGCAGAUAAGGAUAAGGAAAUGUGAUCUGAGUGCAGUUCAGCCGGUGAUCCAGUCUCUCAGUCCUUCUGCGUCCUUCUCCAGCCUGUGACAAUGAGCUCCUGACCUCCGCGUGCCCCCUCAUCACCAUGGGCGGCGCCGCACUGGCCGCGGUGGUGGUGCUGGUCUUCUUCCUGGCCCUUUACCUCCUGCAGCGAUACGGGGACCUGCGGCGGCAGCAGCGCUUGGUGCUGCUGGGGACGCUGAUGUCCUGGUACCUCUGCUUCCUCAUCGUCUUCAUCCUGCCAUUUGAUGUCAGCACGACUAUUUACAAGCAGUGCGUCCUCGACAAUUCGAACCCUCCCGAUCCUGUAACUCCAGCACGGCCCAUUAACCGUUCGGAGGCAAGUGUACUGAAGGUGUGUGAGGAGCCCUGGAGCUAUAUACCAGAUGGAGUCCUGCCAGUAUUUUGGAGAGUUGUGUACUGGUCCUCCCAGUUUCUCACUUGGCUGCUGCUGCCCUUCAUGCAGUCCUAUGCACGCUCAGGAGCUUUCUCCAGAGUUGCCAAGAUUAAGACUGCUCUCUUUGAAAAUGCAAUCUAUUAUGGCACCUACCUCCUCAUCUUCAUCUCCCUGCUCACCCUGGCCACUCACCCCCAGUGGAAACUCACAUGGUCAGAGCUUCAGACCAUCGGCAUUACGGCUGCGAACAGCUGGGGCCUCUUGCUCCUGGUGCUGCUGCUUGGCUACGGACUGGUGGAGAUCCCUCGUACCUGCUGGAUGUCAUCCUCCCACAGUUACCUGUUGGCCAAGACCUAUUUCAAGUUAGCAAAAAUGGCAGCGGAGAAGGCAGCAGCGGAGGAGAACCUGGCGGACGUCAUGGAGGAGGUGGCGACCUGUAAUGACUCUGUCAGGUACAACCACUCUCUCAGGAAGUGCGUGGACACCAUAAUAAUGAAGUGUCCCACUGAGCACCAAGAAAAUAUGUCAAGAAACGCGGAAAGUGUGGGCGGUGAACAGAAUGUCCUCCCCACCAAGAGAAGACUCGUGACCCUCCAUAAAAAAGUAAUCACUGCAGUGCAGAGGCUCAGCCAGGCCCGGGUCCAGUGGUCCAUCUUGUUGGAUCAGGCCUUUCAUCUGGAGGAUGUAGAUAAGAGCCACAGCAGCUCAGUCCGACAUUUCACACACAGCUUCCCCUCAUCGCAGCACCGUGGCUGGAUCCACAGGUUCCUCUGCACUCCCACAGUGGAGUGGUACUGGGAGUGCGUGUUCAGACAGAGUGUUCACAGGCUGCUGGCAGUGCUGCUGUGUCUCCUGUCUGCAGCAGUGGUUUGGUCCGAGUGCACCUUCUUCAGCACACACCCCGUCCUCUCUCUCUUCGCUGUCUUCGUUCAGGUGGCUGAGAAGCAUUACAACUAUAUUUACAUUGAGGCGGCAUGCUUCGUCAGCAUCCUCUUCAUGUGCGUGUGCGUCUACUCCACAGUCUUCAGGAUCCGCUUUUUCAACUACUAUCACCUGGUGCCUCAUCACCAGACGGAUGCGUACAGCCUGCAGUUCAGCGGCAUGCUGUUUUGUCGUCUGACUCCUCCACUAUGUCUUAACUUCCUGGGCCUGAUUCACAUGGACUCCACCGUCUCCCAUCAGGACAGAAUACAGACAUCUUACACCUCUAUCAUGGGCUCUAUGCAUCUGCUGUCCUUCAUAUCUGAUGGCUUCUACAUCUACUAUCCCAUGCUGGUUUUGUUGCUUUGCUUUGCCACGUUUUACAACCUGGGCUCCCGUUGUUUGAACCUCCUGGGCUUCCAUCAGUACAUUAGUGAUGACGACGUAGCCUCUGACCUGGUGGAUGAAGGAAGAGAACUUAUCAGAAGAGAAAGAAGGAAAAGACAGAAAUCUGAAGAUGAAGGAAUUCGAAGAUGGGCCUGGAGAGAGCGGUAUGGAGUUCGAGAGAGCACUGGGUGGACCAGAGCAGGAUACACAGUGAUAGAGGAUAACCAGAACAGUCCCGUAACAAAGAUCAAGAAAAGUGGUAUUAAAUUCACCAGAGGAGACAGAGAGCUGGAGGAGCAACAGACAGUUUUACUGCAAGAUAACUCCAAUGAUGAAAGAUCUCCAAACAGCAGAUCCACAGGAGGCUGUUACACAUCUGUGUCACCUUCUCGGAGGGGUGUCUUUGACGAUGUGUGAGAGAUUCAGGACAUGGCAGCAAAAUGAAAGACUGGCUCAUAAAGCUGGAACAAUAAAUGACUAAAGGCUGUGUUAUCUUUAUUUAAGAAUGAAUGCAAACAGUUAUUUCUCAGAGGGAAAACGCAUGUGUUGUCAGAAAAUAUGAAAAAAAAACCUUAAGACUCAACACAUUAAACAGCUAACACGUGAACAAAGGGACAAUAUCAUUUUGAAAAUUAUUUUUAAACUCUGUAGAAAUGUGCAAUUGUACUGUAUGUCUACCAUGAUAUAAAGUAGUCAUUUUAUCUCUUAACCCAUGAAGCCUAUUUCUAUUUUUUAUAUAUGAACCAAAGAAAUGUGCAGCAGAUUUCUGGACAAAUUUGCAAAAUUGCUGUAUUUAUAUAGGAUAAUUUUAUCUUCUUUUAUAACUUACGGGACUUUGCUGGAAUGUAAAUGUAUAUCUUCUGGUAUUUAUAGUCAGGUUUGGAUAUAAUGCUUAUAAUGCUUUUUGCUUUUGCCCUUUGUGCACCACCACUCUGAUUUUAACAAUUAAGCUGUGACCCAAGUGAUUUAACUAUUGAGAUAUUACACACUACCCUGACUUUACGUAAAAUAUUUUGUUCUGUACAUGUGAUAUCAAAAAACUUUCUCCAGUAUAUUGAGCAGAACAAACCUUUAACAAUGUAAUGUAACAAUGAAAUGUUCAAUAAAUAAAUUGUUAAUACAAGAAAUAA